GCGGAGAUGGCGGCGCGUGCACACGACGUCGCCGCCCUCAGCCUCAAAGGCUCCUCCGCCGUCCUCAAUUUCCCUGAACUCGCCUCUGUUUUGCCACGUCCGGCGACUACUUCUCCGCACGACAUCCAGGCCGCUGCCGCAGAGGCCGCCGCGAUGUGUCAAACUCAAACGUCGCAUACGUCGGAGUCAUCAUGCGUUUCAAUGGCCGGGAUUGAGGGUCAAACGCAAAGGCAACCGCGACCGCUGCAGCAGUCACCGGCGGAGUCGUCUUCCUCUGCGGAGGAGACGUCAGACGAGCUGAGCGACAUGGCAGACUUGAGCGUGCAUUCACGCGCCGCCACGGUCAGUCUCGAUGGUCAAACGCAAACGCAACCAUGGGAGGAGUCGUCGUCAUCUUCAGCGGCGGAGUCAGAGGAGCUGAGUGAGAUUGUGGAGCUGCCGAACAUCGAAGGGAGUGGAAGCGUGCAAUCACGCGCUGAUGACGUGGCGGGUUUUGAGCCGUCGGAUUGGUUGGUCUAUCCUCCGGUACUUGACUUCUACGAUGAAUUCGUUGAGUUUGAUUUUGCGGAUUUAUGGAGCUUUCACACGGAACUUAUUAAUUCCUAAUUAAUGAUUAAUGAUAAAGGACACUGUAAUAUAAAGUUUUUUUUUUCAAGUUUAUAUCACUUAAUUUAUUUUUAAUAUCGUCCUUAAACUGCGUCUUACGUAGACAUGUAUACGUAGCAUUUGUAAUAUAUAGCAUAUCAUUUUGUAAAAUAUACUUUUAUAUCUGAAUUUUGGCAUGGUUAUGCAUGGCUCCCAUGACCAAUUCCGUA